AAAAAAAAAAAAAAACAUAAAAAAAAACACACGAACCAUUCAGGUAGGGUUCUGUAGUAUUUUGCUGUUCCUUCUCUCUGCUUGGAGACCACUGAGCCAGUGGCGGCUGCUCAAGAAAAAAACACCUCGCCAAGCCCCAGCCGCGCACCUAUCUGGACCCAAGAAGAUAAGAAAAACCCAUCAAGUUUCUGGGUCCUUGCAUGUGGGUAUUGCUUGCUGGGCACUAAAGAUCGUGUCUUUUUCAAGAAGUCGCUGGUGAUUCUUGGUAGGACAUGGCUUCUUCGCUGCUUAAUGGAGCUGAUUACCUAGGAUUGAUGAGAAGCGUAUCCCCAAGAGGGUUAGGCUUUGUGGGGUCGGAUUUUGGUAGGAAGAAUCUGAACCUGCUCAAAUUGACCCUGGUGUCUCCUGCUAGGAUUGGGGUUGUGAAGAGAGCAGUGCCCAGAUGUAGCUUGUCGGCUUCUAGGCCUGCUUCACAGCCUAGGUUCAUACAGCACAAGAAGGAGGCCUUUUGGUUCUACAGGUUCCUCUCGAUCGUGUAUGACCACAUUAUAAACCCUGGACAUUGGACCGAGGACAUGCGGGACGACGCACUCGAGCCGGCCGACCUCAAUGAUAGGAACAUGUUAGUGGUGGAUGUUGGUGGCGGGACUGGUUUUACCACUCUAGGUAUUGUUAAGCACGUGGAUGCGAAGAAUGUCACGAUCCUCGACCAGUCGCCGCAUCAGCUCGCCAAGGCCAGGCAGAAGGAGCCCCUGAAGGAGUGCAAAAUCAUUGAGGGGGAUGCGGAGGAUCUCCCGUUUGAGACUGACUAUGCAGACCGAUACAUUUCGGCAGGAAGUAUCGAGUAUUGGCCAGACCCCCAGCGUGGCAUUAAGGAAGCCUACAGAGUGCUGAAACUGGGAGGAAAGGCAUGCCUUAUAGGCCCGGUGUACCCAACAUUCUGGCUGUCUCGCUUCUUUGCUGAUGUGUGGAUGCUCUUUCCAAAGGAGGAAGAAUACAUUGAGUGGUUUGAGAAGGCUGCGUUCAAGGAUGUCCAGUUGAAAAGGAUUGGCCCAAAAUGGUAUCGCGGUGUUCGCCGGCAUGGGUUGAUCAUGGGGUGUUCUGUGACAGGUGUUAAACCUGCCUCUGGGGAUUCUCCUUUACAGCUCGGUCCAAAGACGGAGGAUGUCUCGAAGCCUGUGAACCCGUUUGUGUUUUCGCUGCGGUUCCUUUUGGGCGCAAUGGCGGCUACCUAUUUUGUACUAGUCCCAAUAUACAUGUGGCUGAAAGAUCAGAUUAUUCCCAAAGGUAGACCCAUCUGAGAGAGAGAGAGAGAGAGAGAGAGAGAUCCAUGUUGAGAAGACAAGGAGCUGCUAAUAACAACUACUUCCUUACUAUGUUUGUGUAAGAGUUUGUAGUCGAAGAAUCCUUUUUUUUUUCUUUUUCUGUUGUCUUGUGAAUUAUAACUGAGCUCGCCGUAUCCUUGUUUCCCGAAUCUUGUUGUUGAGAAUGUUAAAUGGGUUGUACAGGUUGAUGGGA